AUUCCGAACCAAGGGCAUGAUUCUGUCAAGAGCACAUAGCGGCUUCACUAGAACAGAGAUAACGUGAUUUAUAACGGAACAGAUAUGCAUAGUUACAGCAUCUCUUAGCUUACAGUUAGCUUUGAAGGCUUCUUGGCAAUAGUUGUACUUGAGAUCUUCAUUACAGCGCUGGGAUCAAUAAUAUAUCUACAUAAUGAUGCAGUGAAGUUGAUAGAGGAACUUCGCCACCAUGUUCAAGAAUCUCGCCCAAAUUCAGCAACGCCUACCAGCGCUGCCACAACUGUCACGCCAGUUCAAGUAUACUGCCUUUAGUGUUUCUCUAGGCAUUGCUUUGAUUGGUUUGAUAGCUGCAAUGCUACGUCGAAGGAGGGGUCGGCGACCUCCCACACUGAAGAAAGGAAACAAGCAUAAACCAGGCUUGGCAGAAUUACAGAGGAAAUAUGGACGAAUAAGAAAACCAGCUGCUACACCAAAUGGAGACGUCCCAUCUCGGUUGCGAGACAGCGUCAGUCCGAGUGGGUCGAUGCGCUCUCUCAUCCAGCAGAGGUCCCUAUCCAGCUCUCUCUCCAGCCUGGGUGGGGCGUCAUCGUCGACAGUCACACACCCCGGCGUGGACCCUGACAAUAUGUCCCCGCUACAGCUGUGUCAGCUCGGUAUGGAGAACCUGGGCGAUGCUGUUGCAUUCUGGGAGGAUGCGGUGAUGAAGCUGUCGUACUUGGAUGACCAGCCGUACCCUGCUAUACCGGACCCUGACACGGCAGCACUGCAGCAUCGUCUGGAGCACCUGCUGGACCUGGCGUACCGUAUGCAGGACAACUACGAGCGCCAGUGCGAGCGACAUGCAGACCAGGUGGCGCUGGAGUCAGCCUUGUCUGCCUUUGCAGAGAUUGACCGUCUCCAGGAGAGGCAGCGGAGUCUCGACGAGUCUUCCAGCGAUCAGGACUCUUUCGUGUCGGCCACAGAUAUGGCCAACCUGGCUGACCUCGAGAAACACCGAGAACUGUUCCGCUACCUGCCACUGUAUGAGGCCGGGCUGCUCGAGCUCAAGUAUGGGAACAUCUCCUGCAGAUCUCUCAGAACUGAGAUGGCGGAAUGUCUUUCUGAUACCGAAUUUUUAGCAAAGUUAUUUGGUCUGAGGCUAGCAUUUGAGCAUAUUUUCAAAGAUGAUGCGAAGCGUGAAUGGUGGCGGGUGACGGGCAGGAGGCUGAUCGGGGACAUGCUCAUACAGGCAGAAAAGGAUCCAGAGGAGUUUUAUGUCUGUUUUGACAAGAUGGUGGCGUUCGUGGAGGUUCCAGAUAGCUGGGACAAGAUUGAGGAAGAGCUUAAAGGCAGAGGGGUGAAGACUAUGUCCUUCUACGACAUUGUGUUAGAGUUUAUAAUGAUGGAUGCGUUCGAUGAUUUAGACAACCCGCCAGCAUCUGUAGUGGCUGUUGUACAGAAUCGAUGGUUGUCAAAUGGUUUCAAGGAAACAGCUUUAGCCACUGCUGUGUGGUCGGUGUUAAAAGCCAAGAGAAGAAUGUUGAAGUUUUCCAAUGGUUUUAUAUCCCAUUUCUAUGGAGUAACAGAACACGUCAGUCCAGUGUUAGCCUGGGGAUUCCUAGGACCUGAGUCGGAUCUCAAACACAUGUGCAAUUUUUUCAGGGAACUUAUUCUAGGAUUCAUCUGUGAUAUGUUCAGUUUCGACAAGGUUCGGUUCACGACGGUGGAGGAGCUUGCAGCCGAUAUCAUGAAGUUGGCGGAACAGCGGAGUCAGCAGGCAGAGGACCGGUUGUCUGUGUCAUAGUCUGCCCAGGGACAACUCUGUACCUUCACCUCAAUAGACAUCACUACCUGCGAAUAACACUGUAUCUACACCUGGUCAAUAACACCAUACUGUUAUCGCACGGGGAUACAGGAGUAGACAUCACUACCUGCGAA